AUGAGUACACGAGCAGCUCGUGAUCAAGGUAAUGCUCAAGUUGAAUCUUCGUCUUCAGGACAUGUGCCGGCAACAGAUGCACUGGUACCACUGGCAACGGAGGUAAAGUCUCAUGAUCGAGAUGCCGGGGAUGAUGCUCUGUCCCAGAACUGUAAGAAAGAGAGAGGUAGGAACAAAAGAGACUCGAAGCCCUCGAGUUCCUUUUUGAGGCUUAAGAAAAAGGCCAAAGUUGAUGGGUCGUUCAGAGUUGGGGACCUUAUUACUAUAGUUGGACCACAGCCCUGUGCUAAUUUUGGGAGACGCAAUCAGGAAGAGUGCUGGAAAAGGACUGAGGCUUGUUUGAGGUGUGGAUCAUUGGAAAAUAGUAUCAGAGAGUGUCCGCAGAGGCCCCAUCAGGUGCAAUCUAUAGGUUUGGGCACUGUUCAGCCACUGAGGGAUAUAGGAUCUACUUACUUCUAUAUAGCUUGUACUAUGUCUGAGACUCUAGGUAUCUUGGUUGACAGCACUACAAGUGAGGUUACUGUACUGAGUCUUCUAGAGCAGUUGGUGAGGGUAAGUAAACUAUUUAGAGAUGUUCCUUUGGAGGUUCAAGGGGUUAUCUUUUUAGCUGAUUUGAUGGAACUUCCUUUUGGAGAGUUUGAUUUAAUAUUGGAAAUGGACUGGCUGGUUAAACAUCGAAUGAGCUUGGGUUGUGCUACUAAACGGAUGGUACUAAGAACUACGGAAGAUUACGAGGGUUGUGAGGCAUAUCUAGCCUACAUUGGUGUUUCAGAUUCUAAGGUUUCUUCUGUUAAGGAUAUCAUUAUAGUUAAAGACUUGCCGAAUAUUUUUCUUGAUGAGCUGCUUGGGUUACCUCCAAAUCGUGAAGUUGAGUUUGGGAUUGAGCUCCUGCCUGGUACAACUCCUAUAACGCCUCAAAUUUGGGCCUAA